AUGAAAUCAUCACAAAUAGCUCUAGCCUGCAUCGUCAUGCUCCCCCUUUUCGCUCUGCAUCAGUGUGCGUAUGGGUGUGAGUAUGGAUGUUCAAGAGGUGGAGAAAUCAAACUAUGGAAUCAAUGUACCGACGUGUUAUCAUGGCCCAUGCCAUGCUCUGGUACCUAA